ACAAGUAUUUAAAUCUCAGGACUAGACGGAAGGUCGAAAUAACAGGGAAGCCAUUUUGAGUAGUAAGUAAACUGUUCGUGUGAUCCUGGCAUCAGUAAUAUAUCCCCGGCGCAGUGCUCAAGAACCUCCUGUGUGACCUCUGUGACACCAUCCACCUACAAAGUCCGAGUUACAUUACCAAGUUUUACUCCCCCGAAAAUAAACAAAUAUCGACUCAAUGAAAUGUUUAAUUCUCUAUCAUCAUUAUCCAUUAACUCGGAACAUGGCGACACAAUGAAGUCAGCAGAAGCUGUAUCGUCUCCUCCAGUCAGACCACUGCUUGAUGAACCAAGGCUCAUCGCCACCAUAAACACUGGGUAUGACAGAUUGUACAGCAUUAGCUGUCUCAGUGAAGAACAAGUUUGGGCACGUGGGUAUAACGAAAUCAUGAAGCGCCUAAACCUCCAUGGCAAACUACUGACAUCAUUAAAAACUAAGUCAGGGAACAACCCUAUGGGCUUAGCAGUAACACGGAACGGAGAUCUUGUUUAUACUGACCCUAGUAAUGAGAUUGUAAACCUUGUGAAAAAUAAACAGAUACAGACCGUGGUCAGAUUACAGAGUUGGACACCUCUCUAUGUCUGCAGUACCGCCUCUGAUGAUCUCCUGGUUACCAUGGUUAGUCAUUAUGAAAAACAAUCCAAAGUCGUGCGUUACUCCGGCUCCACAGAGACACAAACCGUUCAGUUUGAUGAUCAGGGUCGUCCUCUCUAUUCGUAUGGAGUUUGCGUCGAUAAAUACAUAAGUGAGAACACGAACCUGGAUAUCUGUGUGGCUGACCGUGACGCUAGUGCAGUAGUGGUGGUCAAUCAGUCAGGAAAACUCCGAUUUAGAUACAAUGGUCAUCCCUCUAAUAACAAAGACUCAUUUGAUCCAGUCGGCAUCACUACAGACAGUCAGAGUCACAUCCUGACAGCAGACUGUCACAAUCACCGUAUCCACAUCCUGGAUCAGGACGGACAUUUCCUCCGUUAUAUUCAGAACUUAGUCACUCCAUUAGGUUUAUGUGUGGACAUUAGAGACAACCUCUUUGUGGCUGAGUGUCACACUGCUAAAGUGAAGAAAAUUCAAUAUUUCUGAACAAAGUGUUAAUUACACUUCUCAACAGUGGUAAUUACAUAUCUAAACAUGGUGUUAAUUACAUAUCUCAAGAGAGUGUAAUUUACGCACAUAAACACAGUGUAAAAUACAUAUCUUAACACAGUGUUAAGUACACAUCUGAACACAGUGUUAAUUACACUUCUCAACACAGUGUAUAUUAAACACAUAAACAGAGGUAAUUACAUAUCUGAACAAUGUGAUAUCUACAUCUGUUUGUCACUUACAGCGGUGCGUUAAUUACAGUUGCUAGUUAAUUACAAUUACGUGUUAAUUACAGCAGUGUGUUAAAUAUAGUCUGUGUUUAUUUCGACCCAGUAUGCGUGAUGUUCAAUUUCUUCAUCAUCAAACGACUCAUCAAAAACAGAACAACAUAAUAUGGAUUGAUUGAUGUUUUCCGCCACACUCAAAAAUUUUUCAGUUAUCUGGUGGCGCCCGUUUUUUUUUUAUUGCUGGAAGAGAGAACCCAGAUACAAUGAAAACUUUCUAACUUACCGGUGCGAGUGCGAACCCCUGCCGACCAGAGGGGAGAGGCCGUGUGAUUUUGAGACCCCUGAACAACAUAAUGGCGUCGGUGUCCGAGUGGUUAGGCCGUCAGACUCGCAACCGAAAGGUCGUGGGUUCGAGUCCUGGCCGCGGCAGGGCUGACGUUGUGUCCUUGGGAAAGGCACUUUACAUGAAUUUCCUCACUCCACCCAAGUGUAAAAGGGGUACCUGGCUAUAGACAGUGAAAGAUAUUGUUAGAAUGUUAGUGCUCUAGCGAUUGUAAUGGCAGCUUGCACUGUAUGCUUCCUAGGAGGCUGAGAAAGUUCUAGAUUGAUAUAAGGUCUGCCGGGGUAAUAAUGUACAUUGAUUAUUGUAAACCGCUUUGAGCAGCAUACGCUGGAAAAGGCGCUAUAUAAACCAUUUAUUAUUAUUAUUAUAUGAUAUAACAACAUAAUAUGAUAUAACAACCUAAUAUGAUAUAACAACAUAAUAUGAUAUUACAAUACAAUUUAUUAUACUUUCAUGUAAAAUACUCGAACCUGAUUGGUCGAGAAGCAUUUGAAAAAACAUAUUGUUACCCUCUGAGAACAGAAAACACGCGCCCCAGGGUGAUAGUAUCUAGCAACGGGUACCAGUACUUAACAACGGGUGAUAUUAUCAAAAGAUUUAUCACAUGCGUCAUAUUUAUGCGCGUACGGUUCGCCGUAGAUUGCUAGACGACGUCGUUUGAGCGUUUGUAAUAAACGCGAGUACCCGCAUCGAAAUACGAAAUAUCGCAUGACAGUGAUUGAUUAAAUGUCAACAGACGUAAGUUUUUCUGCUUUCCAGUUUACAUAACAUUCAGUAUAAUAAAACAGAUACUUGUUUGGCACGCUGUUUUUGGCUAUAUUUAUAUCUAAAACUUCAUAGUUAUUUUGGAUUUCAAACAUUUCGGUUGAGCAUCACUGAAGAGACAUUAUUUGUCGAAAUACGCAUCUGGUGCAUCAAAAUUGGUACCGUAUAAGUUUUACAUUAUGACCCCUGGGUCGAGGCCUCUGCUGGUGGACUGUUAGUCCCCGAGGGUCUCUACAGCCCAGUAGCUAAGUACUUCGUUACUAGUUUGAAAAUACGGAUGUAUAUUUAAUUGCUGUUAUAAAAUUUAGAAAUUCAUUUCAAAAUUAAGGAUUAUCUCCCUCAUACAUAGCUCUUAUCCUUGGACGAAUUUGGCUCCACUUUUUUGGCACGCUGUUUUUGGCUACAUUUAGAUCUAAAACUUCAUAGUUAUUUCGGAUUUCAAACAUUUCGGUUGAGCAUCACUGAAGAGACAUUAUUUGUCGAAAUGCGCAUCUGGUGCAUCAAAAUUGGUACCGUAUAAGUUUUACAUUUAGUGGAACAUCAUUAAUUUUAGAAUACUAAUUGCUAAUAUGUCGGUGUUACAAGUUAUUUAUCUCUCUCAUAUGUAAUCCUUUCAAACACAAUUUAAUGACUAUAAAUCAGUUAUUGUGAAGUAUUGUGAAAUGUCACUUUGUCAAUAUUUUGUGUGUAGCCUUGAAUUAUAGUACAGUCAUUACUGAGUACUGAGAUGUAUGCAUAAAAUUGUUUUGGUUGGUUUUGUGUGUGUGUGUGUGUGUGUGUGUGUGUGUGUGUGUGUGUGUGUGUGUGUGUUAUAAACUUGAACUUUUUUCUAUUUUUAAAUUGUACAUUUCAAUAUGUAUUUUAUCUUUACAUUAUUACUGAGUACUUACUUAGAUUUGUAGUACUGUAACAGAGAAUGACCCCAAACGUCCGGUCUUCAUCAAAGAUCUUCAGA